UUCUCCGUUCCCCACAUGCAGGUGAAGAAGAUGGGUAGCCUAGGGCUGUUGGCUGUGGAAGUGCCAGAGCAGUUCAAAGGAGCUGGCCUCGACUACCUGGCCUAUUCCAUUGCUGUGGAGGAGAUCAGCAGGGGCUGUGCGUCCACAGGAGUCAUUGCCAGCGUCAAUAAUUCUCUGUAUUUAGGGCCAAUACUCAAGUUUGGUUCUGAGGAACAGAAGCACAAGUGGAUUUCUCCCUUCACCAGCGGGGACAAAAUAGGAUGUUUUGCUCUUAGUGAACCAGGGAACGGCAGUGAUGCGGGUGCAGCAUCCACAAUGGCACGUCUGGAUGGUGACGAGUGGGUGCUGAAUGGCACCAAGGCCUGGAUCACCAACGCCUGGGACGCCUCAGCCACCGUGGUGUUUGCCACUACAGAUAAAUCCCUGAAGCACAAGGGCAUUAGUGCAUUCCUUGUUCCUAUGCCAACUGCGGGGCUGUCCCUGGGGAAGAAAGAAGACAAGCUGGGCAUCCGAGCCUCUUCCACUGCCAACCUGAUAUUUGAGGACUGUCGGAUACCCAAGGACAACCUGCUGGGGCAGCUAGGAAUGGGCUUCAAAAUUGCCAUGCAAACUCUGGAUGGAGGAAGGAUCGGCAUCGCCUCUCAGGCUCUGGGAAUAGCUCAGGCAGCUCUGGACUGUGCUGUGGAUUAUGCUGAAAAGAGAAUGGCAUUUGGGUCACCCAUCACAAAGCUGCAGGCAAUUCAGUUUAAGUUAGCAGACAUGGCUGUGGCGUUAGAGAGUGCACGCUUACUGACCUGGAGAGCUGCCAUGCUGAAAGACAACGGGAAGCCCUUCACAAAGGAAGCGGCAAUGGCCAAGCUGGCUGCAUCAGAAGCUGCAACAAACAUCGCUCAUCAGGCCAUCCAGAUCUUGGGUGGUAUGGGUUAUGUGACAGAGAUGCCAGCAGAACGUCAUUAUCGUGAUGCUCGUAUCACUGAGAUCUACGAGGGGACCAGUGAGAUCCAAAGACUGGUGAUAGCAGGUCAACUGCUGAAGGCCUACCGCAGCUGAAGAACCUUAGAGCAAGAUGCUGCCCUUAAGUGCCUCCUAACAGCAUCCAGGCGCUGAGGAUCACGAUGGAAGUUUUCCUCACUAAUGAGUAACUGACCUUAAAAUGUGCUGAUUCUUCUCUGGCUGAAGUAGGAUGCAUGGAAGGUUGUAUCCCAGUUUGUAAGCACAUGGCAAUGAGUGCAAGAGGGAGGAAGCAGCUCGUGGCUGCUUUUCCUAAUCAGCUGUACUCCUUGUGCAUCUCACAGUACUUUCUUUGCAAGGCUUUGUCAAUGAGCAGUGUGAUAAGCAGUGCCAGUGUUAGAGAUGUGACCCCUGUGCACUCUUUCUGGGCUGCUGGUUACACUGCCAUGCUUCUCAAAUCCUGGUUUGGGAUGCAACUGUGGUGAGCUCCCUCUUCAGUGCAGGCUGUACUGAGACCUGCUGCAGCAGUGCACUCUUCCACAGCAGGAGAGGAGCCAGAAGGGAGGACACAGGCACUUCCUAUGCAUGAAAGGCUCUUACUCAGGCUGUGGUUGCUGUGUACAUGGAUGUAAAAGCAAAGGUCAGAAAAGAAAAACACUAGCUUUCAUGGUGUGAGCCCCUCAUGGAUGGAGCUGUAAAAGCAAAGAAGAGAGAAGCUGCAGUGGUUGAGACAGAUUAAAAAAAAAAAA